GCAAUCUCCCCUCAUUCCACCAAAGACAACGCGUUUGAUUAGAGAAAUAUAUAAAAAGCCAAGUUAAAUUUAUUAAAACAUAUACGUGUAAUCAACAGCCUAACCAACCAGCAACGAAAAAUUUUCAAAUUAUUGGCUCAAAACGUAAUACAUACUUGUAAAAAAGAGGAAACUUCGCUUAAUAAGUGGAUAUAGAAAAACACGCUUUUUUAUUUUUUGGCUGUUGGUAAUUUUUUUUAAUAUCGUAUGUCCAUCCAGAAUUUAAAUACAUUUGACCCCUUUGCUGAUGCAAUCAAGGGUGCUGAUGAUGAUGUUCAAGACGGUCUUGUACACAUAAGAAUUCAGCAGCGUAAUGGUCGCAAAACACUAACCACAGUACAAGGUUUGUCCGCGGAAUAUGACCUGAAGAAAAUUGUGCGAUCAUGUAAAAAGGAAUUUGCAUGCAAUGGCACUGUAAUUGAACAUCCCGAAUACGGGGAGGUAUUACAACUGCAGGGUGAUCAACGUGAAAACAUUUGCCAAUGGCUGACAAAGGCUGGUUUGGCCAAGUCUGACCAACUGAAAGUGCACGGUUUUUAAUACACCUUCAAGCCAUCAACCAAAAAGCGUCAGCAAAAACAACAACCGUUU